AUGGAUCACCCAAAUCCCUGCAAGACUGGCAUUGCUGACUAUGAACUGGGUUUGCCCAUUGGCAAGGCUGCUGCCACCCCGACGCCAUGCAUUGCGAAGCUGGACCCGUUCGGAGACGAAAGCGAUGCCGGUUUGAAGUAUAAAAUCAUGACUUGGUGGCAGGCAGGAAUGGUCAUGCUUGCGGAGACUAUAUCGCUUGGGAUUCUGGCUCUUCCCAAAGCUCUGGCAACGCUGGGACUGAUUCCGGGUGUCUUCACGAUCCUUACCGUUGGCAUCAUCUCCAUCUACACCGGCUUUACUAUUGGUACCCUCAAAAGCCAAUACAUGCAGAUCCAUAGCAUGGCAGACGCUGGAGGUCUCCUGAUGGGACGGGCUGGCCAGGUGGUUUUGGGAGUUGCCCAACUUGUCUCUUACAUCUUCGUCAUGGGUAGCCAUGUGCUUACAUUUUCCAUCAUGAUGAACGUUCUCACCGACCACGGCAGCUGUACUCUCUUGUACUCUGCACUGGGCUUACUGGUGUCAUUCAUUCUGACUCUUCCACGGCGACUUGGGAAACUCUCACACUUGUCAUCAGUGAGCUUUGUGAGUAUCGUGAUGGCAAUUCUGGUGACUAUGAUCAGCAUAGUCAUCUCCAAAGGCAGUCCGGCUUCUAUACCACUCAUCUCGCCUGCCCCCGCAAUGCACGAGGCAUGCCUGGCAUUUGCCAACAUUGUCUUUGCCUAUGCAGGCCAUGUGGCCUUUUUUACCAUGUUUUCUGAAUUGCAGGAGAUCAAAGAUUAUCCUCGAGCAUUGACUAUGCUGCAUUUGUGUGAGAUGAUUUUGUAUACCAUCACGGCGAUUGUCAUUUAUGCACAUGCUGGCCCGCUCGUCAAGUCACCCGCCCUGAACUCUGCUGAGGAUCUAUUUCGGAAGAUUUCCUUUGGUCUUGCCAUACCAACGAUCGUGAUCGGAGGUGUUGUCAACGCCCACGUGGGAGCGAAGUACAUGUAUGUUCACAUAUUCCGAGGGUCAAAAGCCAUCCAUGCCCAAACAUGCACGGCUCGAGCGUCAUGGGUAGCCAUCUGUGUUGUGAUGUGGAUCUUGUCAUGGAUCAUCGCGGAGGUAAUUCCGGUUUUUAACGAUGUCCUAGGCCUGGCGAGCUCCUUAUUCGCCAGCUGGUUCACCUUUGGUUUGCCGGGCAUGUUCUGGCUCUUUCUCAACCGACAUCGUUGGUUCAUGGCCAGGAAUCAGAUGCUCUUUUUCUGCAUCAACAUCGGUCUGAUUUUUUUGGCGUUUAUUAUUUGCUUGAUUGGCGUGUAUUCGUCGGCUCAGUCCAUCUUCCACAACCUCCGGAAUGGGGCGAGACCGGGCAUUUUCUCUUGUGCGGAUAACUCGCUGUACUGAGUGGUCCCUUAUUUCAUUCCGAGUGGAUGGCCAUAUGUCGUCUUUGGUUUCUCGAUAAAGCAUGAGCGUAUAGGUGUUUUCUAGUUGCGUUUUAAUUGUAUCAUUAGCAGCCGUCCAUCUUUGGGGAAGGUCAACAGGGUUAAUUGGCGUUCGUUGAAAUUUCCAAGUUUAAC